AUGAUCCUUGCACACCAACAACAGCAACAAGUAUCCCGCAAUAGUACCAACACCCACCCUUCCACCUCGCCACCUACAUCUGCUUUACAACGCACAACCAUCAACGAAAACGACGCUGCCCUUAUGAUCCAGCCUUAUUCCCAACAACCUCUUACCAACAUUUCACCUGAUUAUUACUUUACUCCACCACCACCAACAACAACAACACCAUUUGAUCCCACUAUCCUGAUGAAUGAUUUUUCACGAUCUCACCAACAUCAAAGAGCAGCUUCGUCCACUUAUCCACAUACUGCUGCCAGCAGUACGGAUCGUUUCUUAUCACCUACGCUUCAACCCAUUUACAACAACAACAACAACCCUACGAUGCGUUGUUCAGCUGCCACAGCAGCAGCAGCAAGCACUUGUUCUUCUCAAUCGGUAUCAUCUCCUUUUGCUUUUGACACUGCUCAUUCUUCCGUACUUGCUCCACAACCACAACCCACCCAUAUGCCAUCGAUACCAUUUGCUGAUGAAAUUGCUACACAAAGCAAGCAUUUAAGAUUCCACGUGGUACUCCAAGCUGCCACAGCCAUUACGCAAAAGAGCGAAGAAACAAGCAUCACCUACAUGAACCGAGGUCAAUCGUAUGCGAUCCAGCUCAAUGAUAGGCAUAAGCAUGAUGGUCCCAUCACCAGCACCGUGGCCAUCACUUUUCAUGAUCCAUCCCAUCGUCGAGUGGCCAAUAAUUAUUGGAAGUUUUGGCUCAGUCAACAAAAGACGCCCCAAGCUGCACGUGCCAUUGAUAUCGACAAUGCGCAAUCCACAGGGAUCAGCAAUAUUCAGUACCCAGGAUUUGAUCGUAUCAGCUUUGAGUGGAAUGGUGCUUGUGGUGCUCGUAUCCAUGUUCGAUUCAAUUGUUUGUCCACCGACUUUUCUCGUAUCAAAGGUGUUAAGGGGAUUCCUCUUCGUGCACAAAUGGAGAGCCGUGCAUUACCAUCAUCAUCCGCCUCAUCUCCCGCUUCCCUCGAACAACAACAACAACAACAACAACAACCAUCGUCAUGGGAAUACAAUGAAUCGUCUUUUUGUAAAAUCAAGCUCUUUCGAGAUAAGGGUGCUGAGCGAAAGAACAAGGAUGACAUUAAGCAAGCCGGCAAGCAAUUUGAAAAGAUGCGAGAAACGGCAGGAGACGAUCUAGGUCGACACCCAAUGUGGCUCAUGUACAACCAACCCAUGCCAUACAGUGUCUUUACCGAAACACCCACAUCGCCUGUGCUUGAACACCACCCACCGACAUCGUUUGAUUUCCACUUCAACAGCAAGCAUGCACGCACCAUUACAGCGCCAUCGAUCCUGCCUUCGUACCAUUACCAUUUGGACACGUGGUUCCAGUCUUCGUCUCCAGUGACGGCAGCAGCAGAUACGCCCUUGACAGCCACAGCCACAGGACCUGUCAAUGCAUUGAUAGAUAUGGGUGGGAAGCGUUGGAGUGAAACCGAUGAUGGAUACUUUACAGCCAAAACACCUGACUACAGCACAACCACGCCUGGAUCAAUCAAUAGCAACGGCAGUGUAACACUACCAUCCAGCAACACCAACCACAAUGACGAUCUUAUGACACGGCCAUUUAUGGUAACCCCGGCACUCAGCUUUAUGAGCACACCUUCUCCGGUAACCCCUUCAGGUAUCACAGCAACAGCACCAAGCACCAAACGCCCUCUUCCACAAGAUGACACUACCACUAGUAACAACAACAACAACAACAAAAGACGUAAUGUAGAAGCCCUUUGUUUGUAUAUUCAAGUAGCUGCAACCCAGCAACGUAUACCCAAUGCUGAACCCAAACGCCUUCAACUUGAGAAACCCACUGUCGAUGAUCUCAAACACAAAUUAUGCACGCUCCUCUCACUCCAUCCAAAUCAAGUGGCGGACGUUAUUUGGCGGCGUAAGGAUGAUACACCAACACCACCAACAACAACCACUGCUGCUGCUGCUGCUGCCAUUGUCCCAACAUCACAACAACCAUCCACCCAUCACACCAAACGAGCCAAUAACAGCAACAAUAACGAUGUCUUGAUUCUGGUGGAUGAUUCAGUCGUGGCACAGCAUUUAUUGGACAAUGCCAUGGUUACCGUAUCAUGGGAAAUUAAGGCAGAUGGCAUGGUCCGACUUGUUUUGGAACACUAG